AUGUCACAACCGACCGUCACGGUCAAAGAUCCCUCUGCAGUACGAAAGCGCAGAAGACGUGCUCCUGCUGGUGGCGCUUCUGAUGAUUGUUUCUCUUGCUCCAAGAAGAACAUCAAGUGUGACCGUAGAAGACCAUACUGCUCUCAGUGUCUCGAGGUUGGCAGUGAAUGUUCUGGUUAUAAAACACAACUUACUUGGGGAGUUGGCGUGGCCAGUCGAGGCAAGCUUCGUGGCUUGUCUCUGCCCAUUGCCAAAGCUCCUCCUGUUACUCGUGAACCUAGGAAGCACUCGACUACAUCAUCAAGAAGCUCUGCCAUUGCUCGUUCAGGGACGGAAGAUGAAGUCAGCCGUAUGCGCCAAGGUCCCAUUGAUAUUCCUGCAGUGACACAAGUCGCUUCUGCACCUACAACACCAUUUGCCAUGGCUGGAUACGACUACCUCUCUAUCCCCCAUCCUGAGCAUGCAGCCCCUAUCCACCAAGGAAACUGGGGUUCGGUCAACUAUUCUCCCGCUCAAGAAACAGCACACAAUCUGCAUCGAUUCCCGGUGCCUCUUGUCACAGAGAACCUCUCAUCUUCUAUCGAUCCCCUUACUCCCGACGUUGGCUAUGUUUCGCCUAUGAGCCAGUCUUAUACUAGAGACGACGUCUCUUAUGUCCACAGCCCGUCCUACAUGUACGACAGCUAUACAACCGGCACUAGCUCUCCUGGCCCUCAGAGCCCCCCAGCAUCCCUCUACGCCGAACACGCAAGGACCUUCGCCCCGACCUCAUGCCCCAGUCUCGCCCAUGCUCCUUCAGAAAUGAGCUCCAGCCUUCACUCGCAUACCGACACCUUUGACUCGCAAAUGGGCAAUAGGAUGGUUCGGGAUUGUGAUUCAUUCGGCGUGCCUGAAGUCGAUACAUAUGGCGCCAGCUACAGCUCGAUGCCGAUCUCCUGGCAGUCUCCAUCGAUGCAAGAUGAAGAUGUUAAAUCUCAUCAUUCGGACUUUGCUCCCUCGGGGUGGCCGACCGCUUCCGAAAACCAUUCUGUUCAUGUGAGCCAGGACCUCAUCUCCAAGAUGCCCUUUUUCAUGGAUUACUACGAGAAUAUCAUGUGUCCCUCCAUGGUCUUUAUCGACGGGCCACACAACCCAUUUCGAGACCAUAUUCUGCGACUAGCUGUAAACAGCCAGAGUUUGAGCCAUGCAAUUUGUGCUCUUGCAUCCUGCAAUCUCCGCAUGAAGAGGAAACUGAGUCUCGGACGUGAUACACGAGAUCUUUCUGAGAAGUUGAUGGCUGACAAACAUGCCGCCGAAGCCAUGGCAGACACUCAGCCCGACGACCUGUCCCUCGCCGAGGAAUACCAACACCGUAACCUGGCUGUGCACCUAUUAAACGAGCAACUAAACGACCGGACUAAAGCAAUUCACGAUUCAGUCCUUGCUACGAUCCUUCUACUAUGUCAUUACCGCAUGGUUGAGUCCGGUAUCGCCAAAUUCCAUACUCAGUUUGCUGGUGUCAGCAAGAUUCUUGCUCUUCGAACUCAGCAUCUUGCAACAUCUAGCAAUUCUGCCUGGAUGGAGGCUAUUUUCAACUACUUUGACGCCAUCUCUGCCAGCAUCAACGAGCGCGAGUCCCAAGUGUAUCCCGGUUUCAGUGGGGUGUCAGACUCUCAACUCUUGCCUGUCGGAGCCGAGAACCUGGUGGGGUGUGACCGCGAGCUCUUCAAAACCAUUAGCAGACUCGGACGCCUGAAUUUACUGUCUCAGAAUCGUUCCGUACGAAAAGCAGCUGCCGCAUAUAGAGCUCAGGAAGUGCCUGAGCGAUCUCCGUCCUUGUCUUACAUCUCCCCACUAGGUCACGCUCGGCGAGAAUCUCUCACAGGGUUUAAUGUGAACGAUCAGAUAGGGGACAUGAGCAAUGCCACUAGCCAUGGUCUCGGUGAUGGGCGAUCAAAUACGGGAGUCAAUGAGGACCGAACCACUGCGCCAACAAGUGCCCCAGCCCCGGCCACGUCCUACGAAGAAGGUCGCUCCUUGUUUUGGCAUGAGUGGAAAGAAGCACGACUGGCUCUACAAAAUUGGAACUUCGAUGCUCCCAGGGUCAGCGCCUCACUUCCUGAGCCCUGUACACAGAGUCAACUACGAGACCUGGAAUCACUCUCCGAGGCUUUCCGCUAUGCCGCCCUGUUAUACACGGAGCGACUAGUGAGCCCAUCGCUACCUUCAGGCCACCAGAGUAUCCAGAGCCUUGUCAGCCAGGUGGUCUAUUACGCGACGAACCUAGAUACAGGAAGUAGCGCCGAGAAGUUUCUACUCUGGCCCCUUUUCGUUGCGGGCUGCGAGUGCGUCAACGAAUUACAGCAAAACAUGGUGCGGUCCAAGUGUCGUGAUAUCAUGUUCCGUUCUGGUUACAUGAACAACUUGGCGGCUCUGGAGGUGCUGGAGAAGUUGUGGGCCCAAGAUUGGGCGGGAGAAGAGCCGUUGAUGUUGGGGACCAGGACCGGGGAUCAACGCGGACCGUUCAACUGGACCAAAUGCAUCGGGGGACCCGGAGUGGAGGUGGAGUGGAUCAUGUUUUGA